AUGGAAGCAAGCAAUUUUUCCACUGAAAAACUUUUACGUAACUAUCUACGAACUCUUCAAAACAAUUUAAAUACUAGUACGAUAGAGUCCGUUAUAGAUUUUUUACAGGAACCUUUAGACUUUCUUGAAAAUGGAAAUUCAUGGCAUGGUCCAGCCACGAGUCCCGAAUCUCAAAAAUAUUUCAUUACAAAGCUCUACUCUAAGCAUUUAAAAUUUAUAAUAGAUAAUAUCAUAAUUAAUUGGUCUGAAACAUUAUUACGAAGACAAAAAGAUAUGCUUGUAAUGGAAUAUUUUGUUCCAAAAGGAACCAAAAAUUUACAGAAAAUAAAAAGAGCAAGCAUCUCACUGCAAGUUUUAGUAUCUUAUUUUUCUACUUCUUAUCAAUCACAGAAUGAUUUGAAGAUAUAUCAAAAACAUCAAACGUAUUUACCAACUAUAAUUCAAAAAUUCGUAUUUUCACUUUUGAAAAGCUAUUCUAUUCAAGAUUUUUUUGAUGCGAUUUUAAAGAAUGAAGAAGUCGAUAUAAGAGAAAGAUAUUCGGAAUGGAAAGAAUUUGUUGGAUUAAUUUGUUCAAUACCUGAAAGAUCCGCGAAUUUGAUGGCUUUUAAUCAAAAUUUAGGAUCCAGAGAAGAAAGUAGUUUCUUGAGCGAAGCGUAUCCUAUUUGGAAAACCAUGAUUUCAUCAUUCUCAUCACAUGUUGCUGAGUCAUUUCUUACAGCAUUUCUUCUUCACUCUCAAAGUCAAGAUCUUUCAAAGAUCACAAAUCCUGUAUCCACUGAAGAUAAAUCACAUUACCUAGUACGCAAAGUUGCUACACUACUAAGUUUAUUAAUCGGGAAAGAUAAUAACGAAUUUGUUUCUUACUUAAUCAAAUUCAAAUAUUUCGUUGGAGGAAAAAUUUUUCCUAUCAGCAUUGUCCGAGUUCUUUGUUGUUUCUUGAGUUGGGGUGGAUUUCAAGAUCGACCCGAUGAUAUGAUGAAAACGUUUACCGGUCAAAUAGAUAACCUUAGAUUAGGGCUUAAUGAUGACUUGACGCUAUUACUUAAAACGCUCAUAUCAUCCUGGUCUGAUCCUACGUUCAUUAAGCAUGCAUCGAGUUCCGUGCAAAUGUAUAUUACUAGUGCCAUUCUAAUAAUAUUUGGAUAUCUUCCAAAGUCUACUUUGAUAAAAGCUGCAAUUUUGAGGGAUAUCACACCUGGAAUCACUCGAUGGCUACAGAGCACAUCUGAAGAAGCGAGAAAGAUGGGAAUGGUUACUGCGGAAAUAUUCUCAAAAUUAACUGACGUAUUAGAAAACGUUUUGGACUUUGAGCUAAAUCCUGAAGACGAUGACGUGAAAUAUUUUAGACAAUUGGUGGAACUUAAGGAUGGAAUUGUAGACUUGCCUGAUUUUGAUUACGAAGAUAAGGUUGAAGCCGAUCUGAAUGGAGAGCAGAUUUCGGAAGAAUAUUCUAAUCAUGAAGAUAAUGUCAAUAAUGAAGACUUGAUCGAAAUCAAGGAUGUUAAAGAUGAUAAUGAAACGCGCGUUGUAGAUUCUGAUGAUGAAGACGAUUUUAAUACUCACGCCAGUGUAUUUAUUUCCUCUUAUAAACUUUCUUCAGACGAUCCUGAUAAGUUGGAGUUAGCGAUGAAUGCUGCAAAAAACCUAAUUAGGCAGAAAACCGGCUUUGGAACAGAAUUAGAUGACCAUGCCACGGAACUAGCCAAGAUUCUUAUUGGAUUACAAGAUAACUUUGAAUUGACAGGAUUUGAAGAAAACAGACACGCAGCAAUGAUAGCUCUUAUAUGUGGAAGUCCUAAAAUUGCCGUACCAUUUAUUAUUCAACAAUUUUUCGAAAAAAAAUAUUCACUUGCGGAAAGAUAUAUGAUUUUAUCAACAUUAUCAACAGGUGCAAGAGAAUUGGCUGGAUUACAGAGCAUUGAAGAUAAAAAGGAAAAGGAAACCGCUAUAAUAGAUACAUUAUCCCAAGAAAUUAGUAAAUUAGAUCUCACUACCAUAAGAAGUUUAAAAGAAACAAGUAAUGAUAAAGUUCGCAGAUUUUCUCGUAAACCGUUGGUUGAAUCGACUCGUACAACUUCUGUUAAUAGGUUUAAUGAAUUGGCGGCAAAGACUUUCUUUUUCCCGUUAACGGCUGGAUUUUGGAAUUUGACACGUGAUAGUGAUCUUGGUAAUUUUAUGAAGGAUCCAACAUUAAUACAAAGAUACGUAACUACGUUAGGAGUAUUUGUUCAAUGCUCUG